AUGAUAUGCUCUAGGAAGGCCCCCCCGAGACCCACUUCCUUCAAGUAGACCCCACCUCCCAAUGAUCUACUCAGCUAUAACUCAUCAAGGCAUUAACUAAUUGACAAGAUUGUACCCUCAAGAUCUGAUUACCUUACAACGUUGCCGCAAGCUGGGGAGUUAGCCUCCAACCCAUGAGCCUCAUUUAAAGAUCGUGUGUGUGUGUGUGUGUGUGUGUGUGUGUACAUGCCUGUGCAUGUGUGCAUAAGCUCAUGCAUGUGUGUUCUGUCUAUGUGUAUGUGUGCAUGUGUAUGUGCCUGUGUGCACAAACUCAUGUGUGUAUGUUAUUGUAUGUGUGUACACGUGAGUGUGUGUGUAUGCAUACAUGCAUAUGCAAGUACUCACUAAGACUAGAAGAUGGCAUGAAAUGCCCUGGAGCUGGAAUUACAGGUGUCUGUGAGCUACCUAACAUUGGUGCUGAGAAAACAAACCUAGGUCAUCUGCAAAAGCAGUAUUUGUUUUUAACAAGUAAGACAUCUCUUUACACACACACACACACACACACACACACACAAGCCUUUUUUGAGUGACACCUUCAUAUCCAAACUAACUGGUCUCUCCACUGAACUCAGUGGCCAUUGUGCUGAAUUUACUGUAGUGCUGUCCCCUGGAUCUUUCCAACUCCACACAUGCUCCUUCAAGCAUCCAUUACUCUCCUAAGACCCAAAUCGUAUCACUGUAUGGCUCUGAUAGAGAAUGCCAGUUCAAGCCCUCAAGCCCAAAGUCAUAGAAUUCUGGAAACUCCAACUGCCUCGGCCUGAAGUUCACAGCUCAGCUCAGCUCCACUUGAAGCUCCAGCCGAAGGAACACACUUGUUACUGACCUGUGACUUACGCUGCUCUUCUACUCCUGUGCCUCUGUCCUGGGCUUGGCACACUCUCUUCCUUUGGCAAAACUCCUAAAGUCUACCCAUUUCACAAGGCUCAGCAGCAAGGCUUCCUCCUCCCGGAAGCUGCAUUCUGUUUUUCUUGGGACAAGUACUUUGUUCCCUGCUAGAAGGCAAGCUUCCCCAGAGCCAGCCUCCUCAGGGUUUCAGAGAGCAUCUGAAGAACUGAGUGGCACAGUGAGGCUGGGCACCACAGGAAAGAAAACUGGGGGGAUACACAGGUUCUCUCCACAUUCUCCCACCUCAACAUCCAAAGGUAUGAUACCCUCCUACCACCUGUAGAGCAUAGAGAGUGUAUUUGAAACCAAAUCCAAGUGUUUGGGAUCUCUAGAUAGAACCUGACUUUGGGCCCGGUGUCCCGCUCCUUCUGCUGGAGUUCCUCCAGGUGCCAUGGAACUGGAUCUGAGUCUACCUCAUCUCAGCAGCUCCCCAGAAGAUGUGUGUCCAGCUCCUGGUACCCCUCCUGAGACUCCUCCGCCCCCUGACAACCCUCCAGCGGGGGAUGUGAAGCGGUCACAGCCUCUGCCCAUUCCAAGCGGCAGGAAACUUCGAGAAGAGGAGCUUCAGGUGACCUCCCUACCCUCCACCCCCAACCCAUUCCCUGAGCUCUGCAGCCCUCCUUCGCAGAAACCCAUUCUUGGAGGUUCUUCCAGUGCCAAGGGGUUGCUUCCUCGAGACUCCAGCCGCCUCCACGUGAUGAAGGUGUUCAGUGAGGACGGGGCCUGCCGGUCUGUGGAGGUGGCAGCGGGCGCCACAGCUCGACAUGUGUGUGAAAUGCUGGUACAGCGAGCCCACGCCCUGGGCGAUGAGAGCUGGGGCUUGGUGGAGUGCCACCCUUAUUUAGCACUGGAGCGCUGUGUGGAAGACCAUGAGUUGGUGGCGGAAGUGCAGGAGGCCUGGCCUGUUGGUGGAGACAGUCGCUUUGUCUUCCGCAAAAACUUUGCCAAGUAUGAACUGUUCAAGAGCCCCCCGCAUAUGCUGUUCCCAGAAAAGAUGGUCUCCAGCUGUCUGGAUGCACAAACAGGCACGUCCCAUGAAGACCUCAUCCAGAACUUCCUGAAUGCCGGCAGCUUCCCUGAGAUCCAGGGCUUCCUGCAGCUUCGGGGCUCUGGCCGGAGCUCAGGCCGAAAGCUUUGGAAACGGUUUUUCUGCUUUCUGCGCCGGUCUGGCCUCUACUACUCCACCAAGGGCACCUCUAAGGACCCGAGGCAUCUACAGUACGUGGCAGACGUGAAUGAGUCUAAUGCGUAUGUGGUGACCCAGGGCCGCAAGCUCUAUGGGAUGCCCACAGACUUCGGCUUCUGUGUCAAGCCCAACAAGCUUCGAAAUGGCCACAAGGGGCUCCACAUCUUCUGCAGUGAGGAUGAGCAGAGCCGGACCUGCUGGCUAACUGCCUUCCGUCUCUUCAAGUAUGGGGUACAGUUAUAUAAGAACUAUCAACAGACUCAGUCUCGUCACCUGCGCCUAUCCUAUUUGGGGUCUUCGCCCUUGAGGAGUGUUUCAGAUAAUACCCUAGUGGCCAUGGACUUCUCUGGCCAUGCUGGCCGUGUCAUUGAGAACACCCGGGAGGCUCUGAGUGCCGCCAUGGAGGAGGCCCAGGCCUGGAGGAAGAAGACAAACCACCGUCUCAGCCUGCUAACCCCGUGCUCCGGCUCGAGUCUCAGCGCAGCCAUCCACCGCACCCAGCCCUGGUUCCACGGACGCAUUUCCCGGGAGGAGAGCCAGCGGCUAAUUGGACAGCAGGGUCUGGUGGAUGGUGUGUUCCUGGUCCGGGAGAGCCAGCGCAACCCACAGGGUUUUGUUUUGUCUCUGUGUCACCUGCAGAAAGUCAAGCAUUACCUCAUUCUACCUAGCGAAGAUGAGGGCUGCCUGUACCUCAGCAUGGACGACGGCCAGACCCGUUUCACAGACCUGCUGCAGCUCGUGGAAUUCCACCAGCUGAACCGAGGCAUCCUGCCCUGUGUGUUGCGCCACUGCUGUGGCCGUGUAGCCCUCUGAGGCCACGGGAGCCAUUACCGCCCAUCGGCUGCCCACCCUCCGUUCAGUGGACUUGGUGCAGGUGGACGGGAUGGCGACCAGUUGAGAGCUCCCCCCCCCAUCCCUCUUUUCUCCUGUUGCUUUACCUCCCUCAGGCAACACACGGUCCCCCAGCCCCGUUCACCCCUGACUCCUGUCCCCAAGGCAGGCAUUUGUGGCCCUCUCCUCAGAAGCUCCUGAGGCACUGUUCCUGCUCGGGGCAUUAUGACAGCAGUACGGGCAGCCCAGGUGGCCUCAUGCCCCACACUCUGUACAGACGAAGAGGCCAGUUGAUCUGCUCUGUUUUAUACUAGUGACAAUAAAGAUUAUUUUUUGAUA